UUCAACGAUUGCACUCUGCGGGAACAAAACAAAGGAAAAACAGAAAACGUUAACGCAAUUAAGCGAAGUAAAAAAGCCUAGAUUAUCGCCCCAAAACACAGAGGCAGUGAGUCACGGGAAAAAGCUUUCCGGCCAGAAUGGCAGAUACCCGUAAAGACGCUGCGCCGCCGAGCUACGAGGAAGUUAUGAAUUCUCCGUCGCAGGAUUCCCGGCUAAUAGCUGGCGUUCAUCAUGGAGCACCCAGUGCGCCACCCCCGAACAUGCACAUGCCCACGCCCACCUACGGAGCGUUUGAGACGACGCCAGUGAGUGUUGUGAUCCAGUCUGCUCCGGUGGCCAUGCCCACGGAGAUCAUCGUCAUCGGAGGAUGUCCCGCCUGCAGGAUUGGCUACCUGGAAGACACCUACUCUGCCUGCGGAUUGUGCUGCGCCAUCUUCUUCUUCCCGUUAGGAAUCCUCUGCUGCUUGGCGAUGCGGGAGAAACGCUGCUCCAACUGCGGAACAAUUUUCUAAAGGGUCUUUCCCACAGAAAUACUAAAUCAGCCCCAUUUUCCCUAUUGGCUUUUGUAACCGUCUUCUACAGGUGAUUCCUCAAAAACCUUGCAGCUCUGCUGCACCAACAGAAGGACUUCUAACAGGAAAUAUAUACAAAGAAAUCAGAAAAAACACACCCCUUUCGCCUUCGGCGGAUUCCUGUGACUAUUCCUCAGUGACGACUGUUAUUUUGAUAUCACAAAACUCCAAUACUUUUAUUAAUAAUAAUCGUUAGCUCACAAAUCGUUAAAUAUUAUAUGUAAAUAUUAAUCAUGGCUGUUUGCGGUGUGCCCCCGUUUUCCAGUCACUGUCCGGCGAUUGCUUAUAAAGAGAGUGGCCAUGUACAGUAGAACUUGCUUACCAACCGAUUUUGAUCAACAAAAAUUAUGAACAUUUAUUCUAAAAAAUCUUGGUUAAAGAAAAGUCUUGUUUCCUCUAAAAAGUGUAUAAAAUUAUUAUAGUUUUAAAAUGGUGAUUAGAAAUAAAAUGAUUUUAUUAUAAAAAGGCA